AUGAGCGGCGAGAUCGAUGCCGUCUACGUAUAUGACGAGCACAAUGCCCCUCUGGUCGAACAUGUCUACAGAUCGCGCCCGCCCUCCGCCGCGGCUAUCCUGCCCCUCUACCUAGCCCACGCCGCCCCCGCCAUCCUUGCUGUGGAUACGGAACCUCUUCUGGUGUUGGAGUUUCUGCACCGCGUCGUGGAUGUUCUUGAGGACUUCGUCGGCGCCCCGCUGCUUUCAACGAAGAUCCAGGCCAAUUACGAUGUGGUCGCUCAACUUCUCCAUGAGAUGUGCGAUGCAGGCAUAGUGUCUAACACCGAGCUCAAUGCCCUGCAAGAAGUUGUUGAGGUACCCGGGUGGAUGGGGAAGCUACUCGGGGGAAUCAGUGUGCCCGGAACAAGCACGCCCAAUCUGGCAGCGAACAAUCCUCUGAAGCAGUCGUUGGCAGCGGCGAACGUAUCUCAAGGCCCUGCGAUUCCCUGGCGACGACCUGGCGUACGCCACACAUCAAACGAGCUCUAUGUCGACAUCAUUGAAUCCCUCUCCGUGACCAUGGCACCGUCUGGACGGUUACUUUCCGCAUUGGUCUCCGGGACCAUUGCAUUCACCGCGAAGAUAUCGGGAGUGCCAGACCUGCACCUUUCAUUAUCAGCCCCAGGCGGCCAACAGGCACUUGCUCGCAAGAUCGAACUGCCAGUAUUCCAUCCCUGUGUUCGACUGGCUCGUUGGCGGGAACGGCCAGGGGAACUUAGCUUCGUGCCACCAGAUGGCCGGUUCAUCUUGGCCGGAUACGAGGUUGACCUUCUCCCAAUCGACCCAGAUCUUGAUCAAGCACCAAGCCACAUGGAGAAACUUUUCCUGCCCGCGAUAGUUGAUAUUAGAAAAUCACUAGGGUCAACUGGGUCUGACUUUGAAGUUCGACUGACUCUGAAUACAAACUUCCCCGGCCAAACCUCGUCGGCACGCCCGGCUGCUUCACGCAGUGGUUCUGGGGCAUCGACACCCUCUUUCCUUGGCGGAGGUGGAAAUUCAACGGGGCCUGUCUUGGAAGAACUUGUUGUGAGCGUACCUAUUUCCAAAUCCGUGCGGCACAUCACAGAUAUGCAAGCUAGUCGUGGGGACGCGCAAUACUCCCCGAGCACCGGCUUACUGGAAUGGAGAGUUCCGACCGGCAAAGACGCCGGCUCUAUAUCAGGCACUGCAACUCUGCGUUGCACUGUUGCAGGAUAUCCCUCGGUUGAUGAGGAGUUAGAAGAUGGUCUCGAAGAUGCCGACGAGGAAGCCAAUGCGAAUCUUCUUCAGGGUUAUUAUGAAGCCCCUACUUCUUACAAUGACCCAUCAGCAAGCAAGCCCAGGAAGAUUCGGGAUCCUUCGAAACCAAAGAAGAAAAAGAAGAAGUCAGCUAAGAAAUCUUCCAAGGCUGCCGCCGCAUUGGCUGAAGAAGCCGGUGAUGUACCAGCGGAGGACUUGAUGGAACCAUCGACGAAAACCAAAACACCUUCUCCGAACCACUCCAAACCUCACACCCCAGUUCCGCAAUCCCAAUCCCUCCCACCAUCCUCCUCCUCACUCCCUACAUUCUUUACACCUUCCAGCACACCCCGACUGACAUCUCGCCGGACAAAGGCUCAAAUUAAUGCCAGCCUCAUGCCGAACUCCGCCUCGAUCUCGUUCUCGGUGCAAGGAUGGCUUCCCUCUGGGAUCAAAGUGGACAGUCUGAACAUCGACCAACGAAGGAGUCGUGGUCUUGGAGAGAGCGUGAAACCAUACAAGGGUGUCAAGUACCUAUGUGUGAGCAAGCGUGGCGUUGAGCGGCGAUGUUAA